CGGUGGCAGCGGCCUGGUGUGGUCCCGGCAGAAGGAUGAGGAAGUUUCAUUCCAUGUCCUGUAUGCAGUAGGAGCAAGGAGAGGAAUGAACAAGGACUUCUUGCAGGAAGUGACCUCCCCAGCACUCAGUAAGGUGUAAGGACUGCAGCACAGAAGGAGAAACAUUCCCUUUUUGAAGUUCACAGAGUAAAUUGGUGUCAAACCUGGAAGAAUAAUCCCAGGUCAAACAGUUGCCUCAGAUACCAAACUAUUGACUGAAGGAGUCUUCGUCUUUCUGGGCCAUGCCAAGAAAAAGAAAGCUGUUGGCUCAAUUAAGUGCUCUCCAAAGCAACUCCAGCUUCCCUCCAUGUGAUGCCUUGGAGAACCUGAGUGCCACACCUGAUGGCAAUUCUUCUGCAAAGAGCAGCAAAUAUUUUCCAGCAGAGAGAAAAAAUCCUGCCCAGCUAGAGGCAGACUUUUUCAACCAGCCCUGUGUUAGUCUGGCCAAGUCCUUUCUGGGACAGAUUUUAGUCCGCAGACUUCCUGAUGGCAGAGAGCUCUGGGGGAGGAUUGUUGAAACAGAAGCUUAUCUGGGAGGGGAAGAUGAAGCUUCCCACUCGAAAGGGGGGAAGCAGACGCAGCGCAACGCGGCGAUGUUCAUGAAGCCAGGCACUCUCUACGUCUACCAGAUCUACGGCAUCUACUUCUGUGUCAACGUCUCCAGCCAAGGGGAAGGGGCUGCAGUGCUGCUUCGCUCCUUGGAGCCCCUGCAGGGCCUGGACGCAAUGAGAGAGCUGCGCAGCACAGCCAGGAAGGCGCCCAGCAAGCUGCUGAAGGACUGGCAGCUGUGCAACGGCCCCUCCAAGCUCUGCCAAGCCUUUGGCAUCGACAAAGCUUUUGACCAAAGGGACCUGACUCAGGAUGCAGCCAUCUGGAUGGUGCCUGGAGGCGACCUGCCGGGGGAGCAGGACGUGGUAGCCACAACGAGGAUCGGGAUCGGCAGCCGAGGAGAGUGGACAGAGAAACCUCUCAGGUUUUACUUGAGAGGAAACAGAUUUGUGAGUGUUGUAGACAAGAAAAGAGAGAGAGAGAUGGCAGCAAUGGGACAAGUCUCUGGCAGCUGACAGGUCUGGCAAGUGUGCCAGCACCCAGGACGUGAGCUGCGCUCCGCGGGACGCCUCGGGGGCCUGGCAGCAGCUGGGGCAGAGGGGGCUUGGAGGCUUUUAACAAUAAAUGUUCUUUAUCACCAGGAGUGGGGAAGGGGCAUUUGAUCUGUGGGGUCUGGCAUGGGCCUCCCACACAGAGCUGAGGUUGGCUUUGGAUCCUGAAGGCCACUUUCUCCCUUGCCAGUGGAUCCAGGCUGAAUUAGGGUUCACAGCUCUGCCCUGCUCCCCGGCAGAGGCCUUCACCGGCUUGCUGUGGAGGAACAGUCAAAAGCCUGGCUGGCAGCAGGGCUUGCUGAAAGGAUGAGAGCUGGGAGGAGGUAAAGGAGAGAUCUCAGUGUUGUCUACAACAGCCUGGUGGGAAGGUGUAGAGAAGACAGAGCCAGGCUUUUGUCAGGCAGGAUGAGAGGCAAUGGGCACAAGCUGUGGAAAACAGGAAAUUCUCAUUAGCUGUAUGGAACAAAAUUUCCCCAUGGGGGUGGUCAAACUGGAACAGU